GAUGGAACCUUUUUGUCCACAAAAUUUUGUUUCACUAGGGGCCAAUGAUGUGUACAGUAUACUAAAUUUAUUGAUGUUCAAUUUCAAAUACAGACAACGCUGAUUAUUAUUUCAACUUGCGAUAUGCACGUUGUUUUUAACCAUUUGUCCGUUUGCCUGUAUUACGAUAGCAUGCUAAUCCGCAGUUUGCGGGCUUUAGUAACACCGCGAUAAACGGAUGUGUACACUUUGUUUGUUGACAACUUCUGUACGCAAGCAAGAUGUUGGCAUUUAAGGACCAUUGAUCCGAUGUGUGCGAGAUUGACAGUUAAAAGGAAUCCACUGCGCAACAUAUGGCGGUAUGGGACUACGUGCAGAAUUGAACAUAUGAAUCAAAACGCCGACAUAAAUACUUAAAAAUGGCCGAAGGAGACGGAGAAUCGUCUAAAACAAAAGAAAUUCAGGACCAGAAGCCGCGCUCUCUGAAUAAUGACAUCUCGACGUACGUGCGCUUCAAGAACCGGUGUGACAGAAUUGCUACCUUGUUCUGGUUUGAUUUCAAAGGGGAGUUAGUGAGGUACUCCAUAUUAAAGAAGGGGGAGUUUAUAGACAUGAACACCUAUGUGACACAUCCUUGGUGUGCGAGGGAGACGGUGACGAAUGACCGCCUGGUAGUGGACAAACGACCCGUGUACUACCCCACGGAGGGACAGUUCGACACCUACCGGCUGGUGUACAUCGACAUCCCAGUUUAUUCUUUGCGGGAAAGGUGCAAACAGAUAAUAUGGAAGGCGUUUCCCGACAUUGACCCUAAAACUUUAGAUAUACCUCGUGUACUUUCUCGUGAACUGGACGCCAAGAAAACGGUGUCAUACACCGACUAUAAAGGACUCCAUCAAACAUGAUCUACAUGUGCAUAGAGUUUUACUUAUAUCAACUAAACAGGACUCCAUUGAAUGUGGUCUGCUCGUUGUUAUAAAAAGUCGUAUAAAAGACGGCAUUUAACGUACCCUUCAGUAGUUCAGAACAUACCUUUCUUUAGUUUUUGGAGGAAAACAAUUGUAUACAUGUGAUAUGUGACGUAUGCUUUCACUUAAUGAAACUACGACAAGUAAGCUUGUCUUGGGUAUACAUAAUAAUGUGUUCAUCAAAGUUCUCUCGUUGUAGUCUAUAUAUCUGACAAUGUUAAUAUACUAAUGUCAUAUCAUAAUAUGACUUUGAAUGAUGAUAAUUAUUCAUAUCUCUUUACAUGUAUAUUGUGAUAUUUAACUCUAUGUACUCGCUCGUUAAUCUACGAUGUAUAUACAUGUAGAACGUGUUUAUUGAUGUUAAUUCAUAUUCAAUCAGAAUGUUACUGAUUCUCUACUUUUA